AACUGAGGACCAUUGACUUAAAUCAUCAUUUAGAAUACAGGCUGGGACGUUCUACCGCUGACUUUUUUGUGUGGAAUUUGCCACAAAUAUCGGCUAGUGGCAUGUGAAUACUUUAGCCAACUUGGCUGGGAAUCAACCUUAUAAUACUAAAGUUUUGAUUUGAAAAUCCCCCUUUUCCAAUUCUAUAAUUAAGUAAACGUUAAAACAAACAGUUGACUGCAGCAUAUUUGGAGUGUCUUAAUUGAUUGGUUUUUUAAAGUCUAUGCAUCUUGUUUAUAGAGUAUAUGAACAAAAUCCAUCAACUAGUAUAUAGGAAAUACCCAUUUCUUUUCUUCCUACUGAAAAUCCAAAGCUUUAGAUACAAUGGGAAGAAUUGAUUCCUCUAAUGAAACAGAAAGUCCUCUGCCAGUCGGCGGUGUGCAUACACCAUCACUAAACGGAACUCUAUGGAGCACUAGCUUAUUUGAUUGUCAUUUGGACCAAACUAAUGCUACCAUGACAGCCUUUUUACCUUGUGUGACGUUCGGACAGGUAGCUGAAGUUCUAGAUGCAGGAGAAAUGACUUGUCCAUUGGGGUCUUUCAUGUACCUCUUGAUGAUGCCUGCUGUUUGCUCUCAAUGGAUCUUGGGUUCCAAGUACAGAACAAAGCUAAGGCAGAGGUACAAUCUGGUGGAAGCUCCCUAUUCAGAUGUUAUUUCUCACAUCUUUUGCCCAUGUUGUUCGCUUUGUCAAGAGUUCAGAGAGCUUCAAAUUCGAGGGCUGAAUCCAGCUCUAGGUUGGAAUGGCAUACUUGCUCAGCAGCAGUAUGGGAACCAGCAAAUGAAUCAAGCUCCCUCAGCACAAUUCAUGUCCAAGUAAAUUGAAGAGUUACUGAUUUGUGUGAUUGUUUAAAUUGAGGUUGUAAUUUUUAUUUUUUACCAAAUCCUAUUUGUGCUCGAAGUUUGUAUAAUUUAAUUCAAGCAACUGGCUGUAAUAUUUUUCCAUUUCAUUUAGAAUUAUUGAAUUUACUGAAAGAAAAGCUCUAGACCC